UGUUAGGUCAGAGAUGUUACAAUCUGAACAAAAAAGUGGUAGAGAAAAUGGUAUAAACUGAUUUUUAAAAUUCUGAGGAAGUGAUAGGUAGAUGCAGAAAUGGAGACAGCAGGCACAUUUAUGCUAUCCUUUUAAAAACGAAAUCUAAGCUGUGAAAGGAGAGGGGUGUGGUAUUUGAAAAGAGUUAAAGCUUCUUUAUUUUUAGGCUUUAGAAGAUGGGCUUGAUUGUGGUUAAACCGAAAGGGGCAGGGGAGAUGGGGAAAUGGCGGGGCUGGAGGGGCUCCGCUGGACUUCUGAGCACUCAUGUUGAUGAACAAAACAAAAUGAAAACAGAAACUAAACAAGAAGACCAAGCAGAAGUUGUAAGCUGUAAUCAAGGGAAACAAGACAGUAGGAAAGUUCGACCUCUCUGCCAGCGGCCCCCUCCCGGCCAGCUGACCGCCACAGAGAAAAGCCUGGCUCGACAAAGCAUCAGACACUAUUUUCUGUUAUAUACCCACUUCUCCUUCCUUGCUAUGAAGGGAAAGCAAACAUCAAUACCAAUACCCAGAGUAAGAUCAGACAGUCUGCAUAGGAUACAUGUAAAUUUCAACUCCCACUAAAGCAUGAUUUUCUCUUUCUCUUUUUGGAAAAAACAUCCUUUAUUAAGAACAUCUAAAAUUCCUCCACCAGCUAUGGUCAGAGUUAAAUUCUGAUGCACUGCCUUGGAACGAGCACAGCCCCCUUCACAUGAUGAUGUCCCUGGACAGCAUCUGUUUGCUUGUUUGUCAGUAAGGUUCUUACUGUAAGUGCAGGGGCGGGGGUGGGGUGAAGGCAACGAUGUAGUGCAAGGUUUUCCUUUUGGACAUCCAGCAGCUUCACUUUUUUGAAGUUGGAGACAGAAUAGUCCUUGAAUGCCUUUCGAGAUCAUUUAGGCAGGCUGUCCAUGGCUGCUGCAAAGUAGGUUUAGGAAACCUGUUCACUUCCUCACGCUGUGCAAGUAACUCCAAAGGGUUACCUCAUUUCCAGGCUGAGGCGCGCCACCAGCUCACCUGGCUCUCCAGAAAGUGUCCUGGGCUCUAAGGAGGUAGACCCUCCAACUCCCCUCCCGACCGCUCUUCCACAAAGGUUAGACGAGUGCACAGACUCCGACCCCGGGGACCCGCUGGGCGCCCCGCAUACCAGAAUCGGUUCCGAAGCAGUCUGCCGGGGAGUCCGAGGAAGGUGUGGUGGCAGCUGCCACCAGGCCUCAGCAGGUUCUCCUUUCACCAAAGGCGACUAUACCGUCCCCCUUACCUGGGCACCCCUCGUGGUCCCGCAGAGGCAAUGCCAAGGCUCCAUACUACCCUAGGCUCAAAUCAGUGAGUAGGGAGACCCAACACUACGUAGGACUCCGAAGGCACCAGGCUGUAGCCCUUCCUCCGCGGGGCAGUACUUGGUGGCCCGAAGAUGGCGGCGACGACUGGGCCAGACGGUCAUUCCUCAGGGCGCCCUUGACUGGCUCCCGCCGCAGCGCCACCUAUCUUGCUAGACUGGGGCCUAGGCGCGUGAGCAAAGGGCGAGAAGAAACGGUGAUGAGCGCUCGGCGGGGCGAAUCAGCAGCGAGGAGCUCUGGCAGAGCCCAAUCAACGCCCAAGAGGCGGUGACACGAAUAGGUUGCUAGUGGGCUGCUUGUGUGGCGAACGCCGAACGCCAGGUGUCGAGCACUCCGUCUCGCCGCUUCGCACGCGGUCUGCACCACGACUACUGAGAAUAUUGAGGAGCCUGGUGGCUGCUGACCGCCCGGUUCCCGACACCGGCCUAGGAGCGCCUCCUGCAGCGGUCCUGGACCACCUCCUUUAAGGGUACCCUUCCUCAGUGGUUGCUGCAGAGAGACAUGACGGGUUCGGCGCCGGCCAAGUAGGAGAGUCGGCGGAGACCACGAAGUCCUCCCGGACUCGUUCCUCCGUCCAAGGAGCGGGGCAGACGGCAUGUUCCCGCGGAGGCUGGCGGGCGCGGCGGCGGCAGCGGCGCGUGCUGUGCCGCGGAGUUGGGGCCUGCUCGCCCUCCUAGCCAAUCAGUGUAGCUUCGUGACGGGCCUGCGCGUGCGGCGCGCGCAGCAGAUCGCGCUGCUCUACGGCCGCCUCUACUCGGACAGUGCGCGCCGGGUCCUCCUUGGCCGCCUGUGGCGCCGGCUGCGGGGCCGCUCGGGCCAUGCCUCGGCGGUGAUGGCAGCGCUUGCGGGCGUCUUCGUGUGGGACGAGGAGCGUAUCCAAGAAGAGGAGUUGCAGAGAUCCAUUGAUGAAAUGAAACGGUUGGAGGAAAUGUCAGCUAUGUUUCAGAGCCCUGGGGUUGAGCGCCACCCGCCAGAACCAAAAUCCCAAACAGGAGGGAGUGAAGCUGCAGGGGCCAAAGAGCAACCUUGGGAAAUGGUGAUGGAUAAGAAACACUUUAAGCUGUGGCGGCGCCCUAUUGCAGGCUCCCAUCUUUACCAGUACAGAGUUUUUGGAACCUACACAGAUGUGACACCCCGGCAGUUCUUCAAUGUUCAGCUGGAUACAGAGUAUAGAAAAAAGUGGGAUGCCCUGGUGAUCAAGCUGGAAGUGAUCGAGAGAGACGUGGUUAGUGGUUCUGAGGUUCUUCACUGGGUAACACAUUUUCCUUAUCCAAUGUACUCACGGGACUAUGUUUAUGUUCGGCGGUACAGUGUGGAUCAGGAAAACAAUGUGAUGGUGUUGGUGUCACGUGCUGUGGAGCACCCUAGUGUGCCGGAGUCCCCAGAAUUCGUAAGGGUCAGAUCAUAUGAAUCCCAAAUGGUUAUCCGUCCUCACAAGUCAUUUGAUGAGAAUGGCUUUGACUACUUGUUGACAUACAGUGACAAUCCCCAGACUGUGUUUCCUCGCUACUGUGUUAGUUGGAUGGUUUCCAGUGGCAUGCCGGAUUUCCUGGAGAAGCUGCACAUGGCCACCCUGAAAGCCAAGAACAUGGAGAUCAAAGUAAAGGACUAUAUCUCAUCUAAGCCUGUGGAAAUGGGUAGUGAAGCCAAGGCCACCACCCCGUCUUCUGAACGGAAGAAUGAGGGUAGUUGUGGCCCUGCCCGGAUCGAGUACGCUUGAACAGGGUUUGGAAUAAGGGGGGACAGGCUGCUUCUGGCCCUGUCUCAGUCCCUAGCAUUCUGCUGCAGGAGGGGGACAUGUACUAAAAGACGUCUGCUGUAACCACCCGUGCAGAAUAAUUCAGUAACUGAUGUCCGAUUUCAUUCAGAGCGCUCUUUGCUCUUUGUCAAAACAGAGGAGGAGGCAUCAAUGGGGGCAUUGUCAUAUUCUCAGGCCAAGCAUGUUGCUGUUCAGUAUGUCAGUGAGCUAAUCUAGAACACACCUCAGGCCAGAAGGAGAUCGCUUGUUUUUGCUCCCUCUGAGUAGUUUCCUCUGCCAACAUUCCAGUUUCCACCAUCAGUUCUGCAUUUGGACUUCCUUUAUUUUAAAGGUCCAACUGGAAAGUGAAGUUGGCUGGUUGAUGUUUCACUUGGUUCAGUGAGGGGUCAUCGGGAGUUCUCUUGAUAACUGCCCUAGUGUUGAAUGGACGUGCACUAUUGCUUGGCAGUGUUAAGUGCCUUGUCCUCGCCUUGCUAUCUUCAGGGACAUAAAGUUUGUACCAGGAAAUUUCUUUCUUUGCCUCCCAGAUACCACCCAUUGACUACCCAAAGCCAUUUCCUUUCGACUAGCUAGCUCUUCUCUAUUCACGCACUGUGUUCAUGUGGCUUGGCACCUCAUUCCUUGGCUCAUUUACCGAGAACACUGGGAAACGAUUCCUUUCAUACAGUAGCUUUCUGUGUUACUGUUUUGAUAGAGUAAGUAGAAAUGUUCAAAACAUCACACAUUAAUACUUUUUAAUCUUUGUGUCAAAAAAUAGGAAUUGGAGAAUUGUACAGAAUUUCUUUAGUCCCACUGUCCUGAAAACACCGUUCUGAUUCAGGCAUUAUUUUUCAUGCUUCACAUUUCACUGGAUGCUGAGAACUUGUCCAUGUCAGAAGGCUAAGCAAAGGAGUGAGAUUGGGCCCCUCCCCGGAGCUCUCAGACCUGUAAAUAAGCUCUGUGACCCAAAGGGUGAAAUUUUGCCCCAAACACUAAUAUAAUGGGUUUAUAUGACCCUCUUGUUCCUCUGAAAUUUUUUGCUCCUUCAGAGAUAAAAUAGAAGCAAACUGUGCUCUUUGGAUGAAGUCACAGCCAGAGGGUACCAGUCUGGCCUUGCCGACUCUGCCGACGGUCGUGGUGCCAUCUGAUGGGAGAAUAGGGAUCAAGUUUUAAAUCCUCUUUCCCCUUUUUUUUUAGAAUUUAAAUGAUGAAAUUUCCCCAUUUUUUUCCCUACUUGGAUCUAAACCUGAGACUAACUUAAGCCCCUCAACCUUUUUGUUGCCUGUGAAGAUUUGUGCCAAGGAAAUAACUACCCAGUGUUUCCUGUCUUGCCUCCUCUGAGUCAUUGGCAGAGCAGAGAUGCAGCAAGCAGCCUCAGCUCCCCCCACUUUUUUUAUCCUCACUCGAGGACAUUUUUUCAUUACUUUUAGAGGGAAAGAAACAUCAAUUGGUUGCCUCCCGUAUGCACCUGGACCGGGGGUCGUGUGUACCUGGACUGGUGAUUGAAUCUGCAACCUUUCUUUAGGUUAUGAGAUGACGCUCCAGCCAACUGAGCCGCAUCAGCCAGGAUCCCUAGCUUCUUUCACUGAUCAGUUCUCUGUUCUCACCCCUAGAACCUGGUAAGCCAGGGAAGUGGCCCUGGGUUAUGUCUGCACUUAGCACCUGUGAUUGUCAGGGUGUGGGUGGCUGUGGGCAAGAGUGUGCAUGAGCACGCAGGUGUUAAGGAGCUCUGUGUUGCUCAUGUUUCGAUUUGGGGGAAUUUGGCUGCACUUGGAGUCGAUCUGUACAGUUACUUAUGUCAUCGUAAUGAUUUCACUCCUAACUGAUAUUUUUACCAUAUGUGUGAAUAAAUAUAUAAAGAUUGGUAUAAAAGA